ACAUAUUUUUUUAUUUGUACACCAAAAAAUUAGCAUUUACACUUACAAAAUAAACAAACAUGCACACAAAAAUAAAGUUAUGUAUGAAGUCAAGAAUCUCUUAAAUUCUUCUUACUAAAAAAAAAAAGGAGGGGGAGUCUUAAGGAAUAGAAUGCCAAAUCUGGAGUUCAAAUCUAGCCUCAGACUCUUCCUAGUUUUGUGAUCUUAGGCAAGUCACUUAAGCUCAGUUGCCUACUCCUUACCAUUCUUCUGCCUUGGAACCAAUGCUUAGUAUCAGUUCUUAAAUAGAAGGUAAGGGUUUUUUUAAGGUUAUAAUAAAUUCAACUUGUUAUUUUUAAAACUGUCCUGUUUGUGCUUCCUUCUGAACCACCUUCUGUACUCCUCCAUGCACUUUUAAAAUGGUAUCAGUGCCCAACAUUUUUUCUUUUUUGGUAUUAUCAUUGGUAUCCCCUAUUCCAGUUAAUGACAGAAAAAAAGACAAAUUCCUCAUAAUAAAAUAUAGUCAAGCAAAAAAAAAAAAAUCCCCGGUGUCCAUAUCCAAAAACAUGUAUCACGUUGAGUCCAAUAUCACUCUGUCAGAGUAUGGGUAGUAUGUUUCAUCACACAUAGGUCCCCUCUGGGGACUUACCUGGUCUUUUUUUUUUUUUUUAAUAUAUUUUAUUUGAUCAUUUCCAAGCAUUAUUCGUUAAAGACAUAGAUCAUUUUCUUUUCCUCCCCCCCCACCCCCCAUAGCCGACGCGUAAGUCCACUGGGCAUUAGAUGUUUUCUUGAUUUGAACCCAUUGCUUUGUUGAUAGUAUUUGCAUUAGAGUGUUCAUUUAGAGUCUAUCCUCUGUCAUGUCCCCUCAACCUCUGUAUUCAGGCAGUUGCUUUUUCUCGGUGUUUCCACUCCCAUAGUUUAUCCUUUGCUUAUGAAUAGUGUUUUUUUCUCCUGGAUCCCUGCAAGUUGUUCAGGGACAUUACACCGCCACUAAUGGAGAAGUCCAUUACGUUCGAUUAUACCACAGUGUAUCAGUCUCUGUGUACAAUGUUCUCCUGGUUCUGCCCCUCUCGCUCUGCAUCACUUCCUGGAGGUUGUUCCAGUCUCCAUGGAACUUCUCCACUUUAUUAUUCCUUUUAGCACAAUAGUACUCCAUCACCAACAUACACCACAGCCUGCUCAGCCAUUCCCCAACUGAUGGGCAUCCCCUCAUCUUCCAGUCUUGGGCCACCACAAAGAGCGCAGCUAUGAACAUCCCUGUACAAGUCUUUUUGUCCAUUAUCUCUUUGGGGUACAGACCCAGCAGUGCCAUGGCUGGGUCAAAGGGUAGAUACUCUUUUAGCUGGUCUUUUUUUUUUAAGUCUUUUUUAAGGAAUUCUUAAUUGGAAAAGUGGUAAAGGCUAGGUAACUAAGGUGGAGUUAAGUGACUUGCUCAGGGUCACACCUAGGAAGUGUCUAAGGACACAUUUAAACACAGGUCCUCAGGACUCCAAGCCUGGCACUCUAUUCCCUGGGCUACCUAGGUGCCUCAUUUCAUUGUCAUUAAGUCAAAUGUUUUUCUUUCCAAUGAUGUUGUCAAUGUAGAAAUUACUCUGGUUCUGUUUACUUCAUUCUGUGUCCUCAGGAUUUUCUGAAAUUACUCCUUUUCCUCAAUUCUUAUGGUGCAAUAAUAUUUCAUUACUUAUGCCAACAUUUAUUGAGCUCCUCCCCACUUGAAGAAUCUGCUAAAUGUUAAGAACAUAGACCUGGUAUAUCUGGGUCUGAGUGAUGCUAUGGCCAGACUAAUCACUGCUGCACAGUACCUUUCAUUGUUACAGGUUCUAGACCAUUCUGAGGCUUUCUUAGUGGGGCCUGCAGCUCUUCCUGAACAUAGAAAGGCUACAUGUGCCUCUUGUAGUCUCUGGUCACUUUAGGAAGUUUCUGCUUUGUUUAAAUAAGGCUACUGGAUUUUCAGGUGGACCUAUUUCCUAUUACUAAUAGGCUUCUGGCUGAGUUCUUGAACAGUUCUAGAGUAGUUGGAAUCAUCUUCUGAAGUUUCUCAUAUUUUUUUUCAACAGUCUAGUGUGUUUUUUGUUUGUUUGUUUGAGGUCUCUGAUAAAGUAGGUGGGAGAAAGGAGAAAGGAGAAAAGAGGUGCCCAAUUGGCACAUACUAGGGACCUAAUGUUUAUCCUGCCCCACCACCACCACCAUAUUGAGUGGGAGUCCAAACUUAUAUUUCUCCCUCAGUGCAAGAUUCUCCAAAAUUUCCUGAUGCUGCCUUUAGCCUUUUGGUCACAAAGGUUCACAGCUUUGUUUGGAAAAUGAGGGCAUGCCCUUCAAUUGGGGAAUGGCUGAACAAAUUGUGGUGUUGGUUGGUGAUGGAAUACUAUUAUGCUAAACCUGACAUAUGGUAGAUACCUAAUAAAUGCCUGUUGAAUUGAAGGUUCUUCCUCUUCAUUGUCUUUCCACUUAAAAAAAACUCUCCCAGCUGAACCUUACUUGGUUUUAGCCAUUCAGAAUUCCACUCCCAUCCUUUCUCAAAAUUCCUGGUCAUGCCAUCCAAAGCACUUUCCUCAGAACAAGGCAAAGGUAGGUUGGGCUAGUAUUUUAUAGACAAGGAAACAGAGGCUCAGAGAGAUAAAGUGGGUGGUCCAUAGUCACAUAGCUAAUAAUCGGUAGAACCAGGAUUUGAAUACAAGUUAUGAUUCUAUGUUCAAGAGCCCUGAUUUCUUAACACGUUUCUCUCUGUCCAGCUCUGUGCUAUACUUCUCUUUACUGUGUUUCCCUAGGUCCACGUGUUUUGUCUUCUCUAUUCAACUGGGACUUCUCUAAGGGCAAGAAUUGUGUUUCCCCCUUCCUCUAACUCUCCCACUGUGCUUUUGUAUAGUAUUCUUUACAUAAGCAACACAACUAAGAUAUAUUACCAAAGGGGCUAGCUUGAGGGAUGAGACAAGGCAGUUGACCAGAGUUUUCUAACACUUGCUAACUAAAUCCUUUAAGCUAUCAGGGGAAAAUCUAUGGAAACGUAAUAAAGGAGGAAGGUAGAUUUUAUUUUUUAGAUUAGUUUAAAAGGAUCAUAUGUAGGACUUAAAACAGGAAGUAAUCUUUUUUUUUUUUGUGGACCUCUGUGACAGUCCACUGAAGCCUAUGGAUCCGUUCUCAGAAUAGUGUUUUAAUGCAUAAAAUACAAUUCUUAGGAUUACAAAGGAACUCAAUUACAUUGAAAUAGCUUUCAAAAUAUAAACUUUUUAAAAUAUAAGCUUUCAAAAUAUAAAUGAUAUAACCAAAUAAAACCAAAUCAUAGACCCCAAAUUAAGCACUUCUGAUAGAGCUGAACUCUCUCAUUUUGCAUAGGGAGAAGGGAAAGGAAGGUAAGUAAGUUAGUUAUCCAUCAUUUUGAUAGAAAAUAGCAGAGCCUGAGAAUUGAAUCCAGUUCUCUGAUUUCAAAUCUAAUGUACUUUCAAACUUUGCCAUAUACCUUACAUCAUACUAUUAUAUAUUCUAAAAUAGGCCAAGUUUAACCAAAUGCAAAGUAUAUUCCAAUCAUUUCCUUGUUAUAUGACGAGUGACAUUCCUUAAUAGGUCGAGUUUCUUUUUAGUGACGCCUCCACACUCUGGGUAAAAUGACUUCUAUAGGGGAGGCCAGGCAAAUUACCAGGUCACUAGACCAAGACUCAGGCUAUCUUCCACCUGGCCCAAUAAAAAAGGGAUUAGGUACAGGUUUCCCUUAAUAACUUAUGGCAAACUCCCCAAAGGCAAAUAAUGAGCAUAUGCUUCCCCCUGUACUUUUCUACACACAAAGAAAGGGAACACUGUGGACUCCCUCUAUGUAAAUCAACAAGAAAGGACUUAAGUCCUGCUUUUCUGUUAGGCUGAAAAUCCUGGUUAGCUAGCAGGAGCUUUACAAGUGAAAACGUUCCAUUUGGUGAGUGCUUUAGGCUUGAAAAGCGUUUUCUUCAUAAUCUCCCAGUGAAGCAGGAAGACCUUCCUUAAAGGCCAUUUCUUAGAAAAGAAAAAAUAGGAACUUAAUGGUCCCUACAAUCUACAGCCAUUAGACAGUCUCUUAGCCUUUGAGACUAAGCACCCUAGAUAACCUGAGCAACAGAGGGGAGAAAAGAUCCUUGCUCAGUGAGCAAGUCUUAUGGAAAAACUUGACACAUACUAAGGCAAGACAUGUAAAAAAAUAACAGUGCGAAGAUUUUCUGACUGUGGAACAAGACACUCCAUCUCUCAGCAACUGGUAUUUUCUCUGACUACCCCAUGCCUAGAAAGUUCUCAGUCCUCCAUUCCAAUUACUGAUCUCCCUAGAUUCCUUUAAGUCUUAACUAAAUCCCUUCUUUUACUGGAAGCCUUCCCCUCUUAAUUCUAGGGUCUUCUGUUAAUUAAUUACAUUCUAUCUAUCUGGUAUAUAGCUUGCUUUAUAUCUAUUUGUUUGCAUGUGGUGUCCUCCAUAUAUUGUAAGUUACUUGGAGCAGUGACUCUCUUGUCUCCUUUUGUAUCCUCAGGGCUUACAGUGGAGCCUGGCAUAGAGAAGUUAAAUGUUUAUUGGAUAACAGAACUAUAUAAAGACACUUGGGGAGGUGAAAAGAUGACAAAGAUGAGAUUAGAGUAAUCAGAGCUAAGAAUACCAAAUCCAGGAAAGUUUCAUGGAGCUGGAUCUUAAACCAGAUUGUGGAGAUGGAUUGAAACCAAAUUGAAGUAGAGCCUAGAAAUGGUCUAUCAAACCCUGAUUCCUAUAAGACAAGAUCAGUGUCUAAACUCCAGGAUUCUCUCUGGUACUUGCUGAGAGGUGGUGGGUUGUUCUCAGGGCCCCAGUUCUCCUGGGAGAAUGAGAGCAUCAUCACCUGCUGCACGAGGGCCUGUGGGCUGCUUAGCCCUGCUGAUGAGCUGUUCGUUACAAAGGCCUCCUAGGAAGCAGCUCCUAGGAAACCACAGAAUACAGAACAGACACUGGUCUAGUUGCGCGUGGCUCAGAAGAAGCCCUGUGUGGGUUCGUAGAGUGCUGCCUCGAAGGUUCCCUCUUUUUCACCACUCUCAUCUCCCAUCUUCCCAGCUAGCAAGGUGGUGGCUGGAUUUCCUGAGAUCAAUUAGCCUCGGAAGUGACCGGUUGGGCAGCCGCCUCAAAUGGUGCUUGGCGCUGAAUGUGAAGGACUGCUGCAAGCGUUCGGGGGAUAUUUUCCACGCCUGAGACAGGGGCCCUGGCCCUGGCGCUGAUCCCAGCCAAUCACUGCAGGCCGCAAGGAACAAGGAACCAGGGAAGUUUGCCGAGACGUGCGGGACUAGAAUGCCCUCUGCCCCCGCCCCCUUCCAUCCUUCUUCCCAGCAGCGAGUGAAUUUCCCAGAAAAGGCACGAGCUUCUCAUUGGAGCUGGAGAGGUUCCAGGAGGGGUCACAUAGUUCUACCUAAAAGAGGAAGCCUGGGGUUAAACUCAGCCUCCCAAACCCGACCGAACAAACUGGCAAGGACCUGACUCUUUAAAGCCCGGGGCAGGGGCGGGCCAAUAGGGAGCCUGACGUGGAAGCCGACUAGAGGAGGUGGCAGCCACGUGGUACGAAAAGCAUCCAUCUUGCAAAAGGGCGAGGAGCGCUUUCCGGCCCGUGUUCGUGUCCGGUCCUUUUUCCUCUGCUUCCUCCUUUGAUACUGGCUAGCAGGGCGAGUCUUCACCCAGUAGUAUUUUGUCUGUGCCUUGAUGUCUCGGAGAACGAGCGUCUUAUAGAACAGCACCUCUCCGCUGGCGCCUCUGCCCACAAGAAAGAUGGCUGCUCGCCGCCUUCACUCCCACCCCACCCCCGCGAUCCGCACAGAGGAAGUUGCAAGGCAAAAAGAUUCCGGAUGGAAACCUCGGCUGGACAGGUGCAGCAAGGGAGUGGCCGAAGAGGUAGCUUGAUCCGUGGUUUGGCUUGGCUGACUCGAAACCCGUGGCCGGACCAGCGCCGCUGCCACUGCCACCUUUGCCUUCGCUUUCGCGAAGUCCUCAGCCCCCUCUUGGCCCCGGGCGACGCAGCCCGUGGCCAGCCCCGGUUGUCUAGAAGGUAGCGUACACCGGCGGGCUGUGGUCCCCGGGCCCCCCGAGCGGCCUCCUAGCGGGGCUAAACCCCGCUAGAGCGCCUCUCAUGGCUAUGAUGCGGCCCUUCCCAGCACUGCCGCUGCUCAUCAACCUGGGUGGCUCGCUGCUGGGCUUCGUCGCUACGCUCACACUCAUCCCGGCCUUCCGCGGCCACUUCAUCACAGCUCGCCUCUGCGGCCUGGACCUCAACAAGACCAGUCGACAACCCAUCCCCGAGUCCCAGGGUGUCAUCAGUGGCGCAGUCUUCCUCAUCAUCCUCUUCUGCUUCAUCCCUGUCCCCUUCCUAAACUGCUUUGUGGAGGACCAGUGUAAGGCCUUCCCCUACCAGGAGUUUGUGGCCCUGAUAGGUGCCUUGCUUGCUAUCUGCUGCAUGAUCUUUCUGGGCUUUGCGGAUGAUGUGCUGAAUCUUCGAUGGCGCCACAAGUUACUGCUGCCCACAGCUGCCUCUCUACCUCUACUCAUGGUCUAUUUCACCAACUUCGGCAAUACAACAAUUGUGGUGCCAAAGCCUUUUCGUUCCAUGCUGGGGUUGCAUCUGGACCUUGGCAUAUUGUAUUAUGUCUACAUGGGCCUGCUGGCUGUGUUCUGCACCAAUGCUAUCAAUAUCUUAGCAGGAAUCAAUGGGCUGGAGGCUGGACAGUCUCUGGUCAUUUCUGCCUCCAUUAUUAUCUUCAAUCUUGUAGAGCUUGAAGGUGAUUAUCAAGAUGACCACGUCUUUUCUCUCUACUUUAUGAUUCCAUUCUUCUUCACCACUUUGGGACUGCUGUAUCAUAACUGGUCACUUCUUUCUCAUAGGUACCCAUCCCAGGUGUUUGUGGGCGACACUUUCUGCUACUUUGCAGGCAUGACCUUUGCUGUGGUGGGCAUCCUGGGGCACUUCAGCAAGACAAUGUUACUCUUCUUCAUGCCUCAGGUGUUCAACUUCCUCUACUCCCUUCCACAACUUCUACAUAUCAUCCCUUGUCCACGCCACCGUGUGCCCAGGCUCAACACCAAGACAGGGAAGCUGGAGAUGAGCUAUUCCAAGUUCAAGGCCAAGAACCUUUCUCUCUUGGGCACCCUAAUUUUGAAGGGUGCAGAAGCCCUCCGACUGGUGGCUGUUCGUCGAGGUGAAAAUGAGGCAGGUGCCUACAUUGAGUGCAACAACAUGACCCUCAUUAACUUGCUCAUUAAGAUCUUGGGGCCCACUCAUGAAAGAAAUCUCACUUUGUUGCUUCUGCUCCUGCAGAUUCUGGCUAGUGCUAUUACUUUUUCCAUUCGUUACCAGCUGGUUCGGCUCUUCUAUGAUAUUUGAGUUCUUCACCAUGACUCCUUAACCCAUAAUCCCCUGGGCCCAUCUCAUGUGGAACCCUCUCUGGACCAAGACUGUAUUCUCCUUAAGCCUAUGGGCUUCCCCACAUCCUUUGAUCUCUUCAGGAGGUGUCCCACCCAUCCCACCUCUCAAUGAUUAUUUAUUGAUUGUAUUUUCCUAUGGACUUCCCUAAAUUGGCAUUAUCUUCCCCUUCCUUCCUUUCCUGAAGCCUCCUUUGGGGCAGGAGGUAGCAGCUUCUUGGAAGCUAUAUUGCAGCUAGGGAUCAGUUCAAAUCCCUGGGUCCAAGGAAACAGGCCUAAGUAAGGGUUGUGGGGAGCCAUUAAGUUUCAACCGGAAUUGAUAUGUUAUUGAGAAUUAAGCAUUUUGAUUAAUAAGGAGCAGCCUGGGUGGUCAGUUGCUCCUUUGGUGAUAAUAAAUGUUUGGUUCAUUUUUUUAA